AUGGGUGGAGGAAGUAGUAGUCAGACUCCUCUGGAUUCUAUGUUAAAGCAUUUUAAAGAAGGAUUUAUGAGUCAGGAUUAUGGAAUUGUGUGGAGUAAACAUGAGCCUAGGAGGUUUUGUGAAUUAGAAUGGCCCAGAUAUGACAUUGGGUGGCCUGAAAUAGGUACCUUUGAUCCUCACUUAGUUUUAAAAGUCCAUAGGUUGGUGUUUGAUCCUAAGAUAGGGAGCUUAGCUCAGGCUCCAUAUAUAGAUGUUUGGAAGAAAUUAGUUAAUCAACCCCCAGCUUGGUUAAAGAAAUGUAAACAACAAUGUAUUCUUAUGGCUGUCAGAGUUACAGACCCCAAAAGUCCUAAGCAGAGACCACCAGUCUUGGCUAGUGCACCAGAAGAAUUGCCACAACCCCCUCCAUAUGUUGCACCUAGAGGGGUCGGUUUGCCAGUCACACCGCAAUCCUUGUCCCUGACUUAUACCAGAAGAACUACACCCAGCACGGGGGGGUCCACAAGCCAGUUACCUAUUGAAGGAAUUGAGCAGGGAUUAGAUGCUGUCCUUACUAGCAUGGAACAGAUAAGAUAUAAAGGAGAGAAAGAAGAAAAAGCUCCUAUAAGUUCCCCCGACACCAUGGGGGGCAAAGAAGUUUCUUUCCUUGUAGAUACAGGAGCAACCCGUUCAGUAUUAACUCAACCUUUGGGACAUAUUUCUUCUCAAUCUAUCAACAUUCAAGGGGCAACAGGAAAACCACAAACCCAGCCACUUUUAGAGCCUCUAUUAUGCACGGCGGGAGGAAAAAUGUUGACUCACCAGUUCGUAUAUUUGCCCAGCUGCCCGCUUCCACUCAUGGGUAGAGAUUUGCUUUGCAAACUUCGAGCACAGAUAUUUUUUGAUGAAAAGGGAUCCGUAGGAGUAAGAUAUGGAAAUGUGAAUUUAGACAUUCCUCGGGAAGAGGUUUGGAGAAUCAUGGUGGUGCAGGAAGUCUCAGGAGACAAAUGGAGGGAGUUCCGGGUUCCUGAGCUGUGGGCGGAAGAUAACCCCCCUGGUUUUGCUGCUCACCACACCCCUGUCAUUGUUGAGGAACUACCAAUGAGUCGUCCUAGAUUCUGGUGCCCACUGACUCACCAUGGAAUUCCCCGAUUCUACCUAUACCAAAAGGGGGAGGUUAUUGUUGUGCUACAAUAUGUGGAUGAUCUUUUGGUGACAGGACAAACAGAAGAGGUUUGUCAUGCCAAUACUGCAUCCCUUUUACUUCUGUUACAAGAAAAAGGCUAUAAAGCUUCUAGGGCCAAAGCACAAUUGGUCCAGUUGAAUGUUAGGUAUUUGGGAUAUGAUAUCCAGCAAGGGCAAAGAACUUUGGGACAUGAAAGAAAGGAGGCCAUUUGUCAAUUACCAGCCCCAAGAAAUAGGAAGGAAUUAAGAGGCUUUUUAGGGGCAGCGGGAUUUUGCCGCAUUUGGAUUCCUAACUUCGCCUUGUUAGCAAAGCCACUUUAUGAAGCUACAAAAGGAAAUGAAAAGGAACCUUUGCGAUGGGAAAAAGAGGAACAGAAAAGUUUUUUAAACUUGAAACAUGCUUUGACUCAAGCCCCGAGUCUGGGACUGCCUAAUUUAGAUAAACCUUUUCAUUUAUUUGUGGACACUAAACAGAAUAUGGCUGUGGGGGUGUUAACUCAGAAGAUGGGAACGUGGUAUCGACCAGUUGCAUAUUUGUCAAAACAAUUGGAUCAGGUAGCAAAAGGGUGGCCCUCUUGUCUUAAGGCUGUAGCAGGCACAGCUUUACUUACUCAGGAAGCAAAUAAACUUACUUUUGGACAGCAAUUGAAUAUCUACACCCCCCAUGCUCUUCGGGCUGUCCUAGAUCAGAAAGGUCAUUUAUGGCUUACCAAUCCACGUAUGUUGAAGUAUCAGGGGCUUAUUACCCAUAACCCCCUCAUAAAACUUGUUCAGUCAUAUGCUUUGAAUCCUGCCACUCUAUUACCUGAACCAGACUCUGAGAUCUCUCAUGAUUGUCUGCAAACUAUUGAGGAAACCUAUGCAAGUCGUCCAGAUUUGAAGGAUGAACCCUUUUCCGACCCAGAUGCAACUCUUUUUACUGAUGGAACCAGUUUUAUCCAUGAAGGUGUAAGAAAAGCAGCUUAUGCAAUAGUUACUCUUGAGGAUGUAUGGGAAGCUAAGCCCUUACCUGCAGGAACUAGUGCUCAGUUGGCAGAAUUGCAUGCACUCACUAGGGCAUUGGAAUUAGCAAAAGGCCUACGUGUCAACAUUUACACAGAUUCAAAGUAUGCCUUUCUUACAGUUCAAGUGCAUGGAGCUUUGUACAAAGAAAGAGGUCUUAUCACAGCAGGAGGAAAAGACAUUAAAUAUGGACCCCAAAUUUUGCGUCUAUUGGACAGUGUGUGGUUCCCCAAACAAGUUGCCAUUAUGCAUGUACGAGGUCAUCAGAAGGGGAUUUCAACAGCUGAAAGAGGAAACCACAAGGCUGACCAGGUGGCAAGAGCAGCAGCUUUGGAUCCAUUCUCCCUGCAAGCUAACUGUCUUACUUUGUGGAUCCCGAACCAGAAAGAUGAACCCCCCUCAUAUAGCCACUCAGAAGUCCAGCAAGCUGAAGCUAUAGGGGCAAAACUAGUGAAUGGGUGGUGGACUCUGCCGGACAACAGGGUGUUUGUACCUCAGCAGUUAGCAUGGGAGGUUGUUUCUUCCUUGCAUAGGCAUUUACAUCUAGGGAAGACAGUUUUGAGAAAGGCUUUGACAAGGGAAGUCUAUAUUAACAAUUUGUCUAGUCUAGCAGCUGCUGUUUGUUCUCGAUGUCAGGUGUGUGCUGCUAAUAACCCACGUCAGGGCCCGAGUCUUCCCCCUGGGCACCAACCUAGGGGGGCUUAUCCUUUUGAUUAUUUAAUGAUUGACUUUACAGACAUGCCGAAAGUGGGAUCGUAUACGGCUAUGUUAGUUGUUGUUUGUACAUACACGGGGUGGCCUGAAUGUGUUCCCACUAGAACGAAAAAAGCUUUGGAGGUAACCCGAACUCUAUUAAAUGUAGUUAUUCCACGAUAUGGGUUGCCCUCACGUAUCUCUUCAGAUAAUGGGCCUGAGUUCAUUCAUGCAGCCACUCAGAAGGUUGCCCAGGUAUUAGGGAUUACCUGGAAGUUACACUGUUCUUUCCACGCCCAAUCGGCGGGCGUCGUUGAAAGGGCCAAUAGAACUAUAAAGAAUAAAUUGGCUAAAAUUUGUCAAGAAACUCAUCUCAAAUGGCCAGAUGCCCUCAGCAUGGCAUUGCUAGCCGUGAGGUGCGCACCCACAGGGGAGUUGGGUGUCUCACCAUAUGAGUUAAUGUAUGGAAGGGUUCCUAAUUUGGUUAGUCCACAGGUAUUGCCUACUACUCAAGUGGCAGACACAGUGAAAAUCAGACAGUUGCAAGCUUUGAAUACUGUUGUCCAUCAAUUACAAAAAUAUGUGCUGUCGUGUCGUCCUCAUGUGAUUGUAACUCCAGUACAUAAUUUCCGCCCAGGACAGGAGGUCUGGGUAAAGGACUGGAAAAAGGUGCCUUUGGAACCCAGAUGGUGUGGACCAUAUACUGUUGUUAUUUGUUCUCCCCUUGCUGUUAAGGUAGCUGAAAUUAAGCCUUGGAUCCAUUGGACACGCCUGAAAUUGGCUGCAUCUUCGUGUGAGACUGUUUCCAAGGACUCUGUCCAGCCUCUACACCCUGCCAAAAGGAGAAGAAGAAAGGAGGACGCCACCUCGCCUGCUGAUUCACAGGAGGCAAUCGCUCUACGGCCAGGUGGUGAAGACCCCUCUGCAGGGAAUGUGAGACAUGUGUGGUUGUUGCAAUGGUGGUCAGAUGAAGAGAAUUUGUCAAGUAUGGAACCUCAGGUACUGAGCAAGACUCGGCACAUGGGCGUAAUACGUAACUAUGAUGAGAAAUCUAGUUACUUGAAGGUCUGGAUUACUCAUUCUAAUUACUCAGAAUCAUACCAGUGCCGAGCUGUAACAAUUGGUGAGAUUAUAAGCAGAACGGCAAGAGUCUCAUUGACUGCAGAAGGAAAAGGGAUGGUGGUUCUGGAGCCACUCUUGCAACCAGGUAGGAACCUCCAUCCUACACUUGUUCUUCCAGAAGGUGGGAAGGAUGGAUUAGAUGGGAAGGGAUCUGUAACCCCUGCCCCAUUGGAAUGCACUGCAUGCCUAGUAGGAACAAGAGGAAAUACUUUAAAGUUCAAAAUGGGAAAACCUAAAUCCUGUCAGAACUUCAAUCUUCCCAAUUGCACUUUUGGAAGGAAGCAACCCCGUCUUUAUAGUCAAUGUGAGGGAUCUGAAGGGGUGGUAUGUUAUCUACCUGCAACACCAGGGCUGGAUGAGUGUGGCCCAUGUCUUACAAAAGCUAAGGUGGGACCUCGUACCAUUGUUACAAUGAUCUACCACACUCAGGCCCCAGUGGACUGCACCCCUCAGAAAAAGACAUGUGUAUCUAACGGUACCAUGUAUAACUAUUGCAUUCAGAAGAACCAGCUUGUUUGUUAUCAGCCAACCACUCCAGUUCGCAUCAAAGUCAGUGUAUGGGCCGGCUUGGCCCUACUUGACAACCCCAAGGAAUCCCGGCUUUACCACCUCACCACAGUUACUGCUUUAAAACAAGGACAAAAGCCCAUCACCGUAUCAUUUGGUGUAUGUGCUGCAAUGGAUAGGGUGGCUUACAGAAGCUGUGGAAGUCAGGGAUGGAGACAAACUUAUUACCACAAUCAUAAGUAUCUCUGUCCCCGAUCCCAUGUCUACUGCCAAGGAUGUAAGAAUCCAAGUCGGGAUUAG